GUGCAUGACAAUGUCGUGGAACAGUUCACCGAGAAGCUGGUAGCUAAGGUGAAGACUAUGAGGCUGGGAAAAGGCAUCGAUGCCGCGACUACGCAUGACCCUUCGGUGAAUGCAGCAGCUGUCAGAAAGGUCGAGGAGCAUGUGCAAGAUGCGGUAAGCAAAGGUGGCGUUGUUAGAAGCGGUGGCAAGCGACCUAAGGGUCUUGAUAGCGGCUUUUUCUACGAGCCGACUGUUGUAACAGGAGCAACCAAAGAUAUGCAGGUGGCGUACGAUGAGACGAUUGGGCCAUUAGGAUCCAUCUUUGGAUUUAGCAGCGAGGGGGAGGCGCUUGAGCUGGCCAACGAUACAGAGUUUGGGCUGGCAGGUUACUUCUUCUCAGAUGACAUUGGAAGGGUCAUAAGGGUGGAUAGGGAGCUGCAAGUAGGGAUGGUUGGCGUCAACACGGGGCUUAUCAGCGCAGCAGAGUCCCCGUUUGGAGGUGUCAAUGUCGCGAAUGCCGGCGCGGCGCACCGCCCUUCUGCUCGCACAUGCUGA